GAGUAAAAUGCGUAUUAAGUAUAAAUUUGAAGAGUGUGAAAGUUUCAAGUGUACGUGGAGUUACUGCACAAUGAAUAUGCAUUUUUAUUUGGAUCUUCCUUUAGACAUAAUGAAAAUAGAGGUAGCUCAACGAAAUUAAAAUGGUUGAGUCUUGACCGUUCAGUUCGCUGUCGAUUCACUGCCCCUGCACUGUGUCUGUGCCCCUGUGCUGGAGAUAGGAGCUGGACUGGCUGCACGGGACUCGCGCGGAGGAGGACGGCAGGGCAAGGGAGAAAUUCGGAAAACCACCCGCUAGCCGCGCCGCUGAAUUGUAGAUCUAACUUAAACUGCACAAAAUUUGAUGCGCAAUAAUUCGAUAUCACAUUGUGAUGAUCAUUAGUGAGCAAUAAUCUGAUAUUUGGCAUUAUCGUGAAAUAAGUCACUAGACAGGCUGUCUCCAAUUAAUUUCGUCGGUGCAUGCUGGUGAAAAAAAAAAUGGCGCGCAGCAGGAUGUAUGCUGACAUUUGUAAGAAAGAAGAGACUUCAUGACAUAUUCAUGAUGAGGCCAAUUUAAUGUGUGAUUCAGUCUGCCUUUAUCAACAUGGAGAUUUGUGCAAACUCUACACGUGUGUGUGUGCAGCUCUGCAAUUUGAAUAAUAUGUCGCGUAUACGGUAGUCAGUCCCAUGUUGAUGUGAGACAUCUAGUGGGCUGUUCAUUGAGUGAUCUCAUCACAGCAACGGUAUGAGUCGUAAGCGCCUUGUGAGAUGAGUAACAGAUCAAGAACACAACACUAAAAUGACCACAGGAAAUACAUCACCUGACAUUUGAAGGUACCUGGUUUACGUCCUCUUGAUAACGAACCACUUUCAUGUCUGGCUACUGUGAUGACAAACUUACUGCAACAGAAGCAUUUUUCUAUUAGUAAAUAUACAGUGUAACGUUGUCGGUGGAGUUCACGGAGGACAUUUACAAUCAUGGGAGCUUUUCUAGAGAAGCCAAAUACGGAGAAAGAAUUUUCUGAGGGGUCUGGGAAUGGACUACGAUAUGGCCUUAGUAGCAUGCAAGGCUGGAGAGUAGAGAUGGAAGAUGCCCAUUCAGCAGUCACUGGUCUACCACAUGGACUUGAAGAUUGGUCCUUCUUUGCAGUGUUUGAUGGUCAUGCCGGAUCAAAGGUUGCCAAGCAUUGCUCGGAGCAUAUGCUCCAUGAAAUCACUUCCAAUCCCGAGUUUUUAGGAUCGCCAAAGAUAGAUGGUAAAUUGAAUCCCUCUACGGAUGCAGUUAAAGAGGGCAUUAGGACUGGAUUUCUGUCAAUAGACUCAAAGAUGAGAGACGACUUUGCAAGGACAGAAGAUAGAAGUGGGUCAACUGCUGUUGGAGUUAUCAUAUCGCCAAAGCAUUUAUUUUUUGCCAACUGUGGAGAUUCAAGGUCGGUCCUGUCUAGAAAAGGGCAGGAUAAACCAGCAUUUAGCACAGAAGACCACAAACCAGGGAAACCCAAUGAAUUGAAAAGAAUAGAAAAAGCAGGUGGAAGUGUAAUGAUUGAGCGUGUGAAUGGCUCUUUGGCAGUUUCAAGAGCCCUGGGUGAUUACGACUACAAGAAUAAUCCAAAAAUCCCACCUACAGAACAGCUUGUCUCAGCAGAGCCUGAAGUAACAGUUAUUGAAAGGACAGAUGAAGAAGAGUUCAUUGUUUUGGCAUGUGAUGGAAUAUGGGAUGUGAUGUCAAAUGAAGAACUCUGCCAGUUUAUACGUUCAAGAUUAGCUAUUACAGACCACUUGGCAGAGAUAUGCAAUCAAGUCAUCGAGACCUGUUUACAGAAGGGAAGUCGUGAUAACAUGAGCAUUGUGAUCGUGACUUUUCAGAAUGCUCCUGAAGUAUCACAGGAUGCCCUCACAAAAGAAAGGGAACUUGAUGCGCUACUUGAAGAGAAAAUCAAAGAGGUAAAGGAAAACUUUGGAGACCAGACCCAGCUGGACCUCGUGAUGCAUGUGCUGGGAAUGGCAGAUAUACCAGGUCUCCCCCCAGGCGGAGGUCUCUCAGCAAAGAAAGGAACCAUCGAAGAGAUUCUGAGCAGGUUAAUAGACAGGAAACAAGACGAGGACUCGUCAGAUGAAAAAUGGUAGCUGUUUCCAUGGCAACUGUAAUCUAGUCAUCUUGCCCGAUGCACUCUUCUGGUAACCAUGUAUGAUGCAUAGACCGUUUGAAAGACAACCAUGUGUUAGCUGGUCAAAUCCUACUAAGUUCUGGAGCUACAUUGCCAUUCGAGAUGUUUUAUAGGAAUAGGUAUCUUUUUUGGGGAACAAGAAAAGUGAUGUUAGUUUCAUUCUUGAAAGGAAACUCUUUAGUGUGAUGUCUUCAAAUAUUUUAGAGUUAAUGAAAUAUGGAAAAGACUUGCUUAUAUCAUAUCCAGAUUUCUUGUUGAUCUGUGAUAUACUGUAUACAGAUAAAAACGAAUUGUAAUUGAAGUUGAUAAUUCACUGCUUAAUUAUCUGUUAUAUGAAUUUCAUGAUUAUGACUAUAAUAGAUUUGAGACUCGUAAUUAAUUAAAAGUAGUGAUGUAUAUGUUUUAAAAAUUAUUACUAAAUGACAGUAACCAUCUUAAUGGUUAGAAAAAAUAUGUGUGUGUAGUAUUAUCUAUGUUAGGGUUAAUGUUCAUUUAAUUGCAAAGAAAAGUUUGAUAUCAAGAUGCAGUUUCCAAUGCAAUCCAGACAUUUGAUAUAGCACCUUUAAUAUCUUAGAAAGAAAAUUGACAAGUAUAAUAAAUGACCCAUGGUUCCUUACAUAAUGCAUACUAUAACAGAUACAAUGAAGUGUAGGAUAAUAUUGUGAUGUUUACCAUUGGACAGUAGCAUGGUGUAUUAUGCGUACAUUGUCAUACUGUAUCAUUAAAUGGCAGUUGGCUUUUAUCCUAUCAUCUAAUAGUUGAUUAGCUCUCAGUUUGUCUUGCGAGUUUUCUCCAGACUUUAAGCAAUACAAUUAUUUAAAAGCAUGUAAUAAUUCAUUGCCUGAUUGACUAUGUGUAUGUAACAAAUUUAAUGAAUAGAUAUAUUUAUUAGCUUGGGCUCUUUAUAUUACCCAAAAUUAUUUUUAAAGUUAGGCUUUCACUUGUUUUAGCACAGAUAGAAUGGUACUAUGGUGUUUUAUUUUUCUUCCUUAGAAGUUAGUGUUUUUGAGAUAAAUUAUAUUUCAUUUAUUUGAGUUGAAAAUUAAUACACCAAGUUCAGCUUUUAUGCACAAUCAGCUUGUAUAAAUUAGGAUGUUUUGUACUGUUAUAUAUAUAGCUACUUCAUGUACAUUGAGCAUAAUAUUUUAAAACAACACUGAUCUCGUACUCCAAGGCAGUGUAUCUAUGCAUGAAGAGGGCAUUGCUGGUCAAAUGGUAUCGUUUGUUUCCUUGCAUUUAUACUCCAGUUCAGAAAAACCAAACAAUUAAAAGCUAUUAUUUUCAAGUUGAAAUGAGAAGAAAAGGCCUUUAUUGUAAAAAAAAAGAUAUUGUAAAACUGUUUGACUCAUUGUCACUUCUGAAAUGGGCAAGUCUAGCCCCAGAAAGCAAUAUCAACUGCAUUCUACAGACAUCAUUAAUAUACAAGUCAAAGACUUUAGACUCAGAACAGUUCUACAAAUAAUGUGCUGUAUGUGAAUUACACUUACUUGUUAUUUUGCAGUUUCAAACUGUUAAUUAUAAGGCUUGUGCAUUAAUUAUCUACUUUUAAACAUAGAUAACAUUACUAUGUGUACAAAUACUCAGGCAUGUAAAGUUGGUUUCAGUUUCAUUGUUGUGCACCACUUGAGAAAAUGAUUUAGUUUUUACAGACCCAAUAUGUAUACAUGUGCUCAUGUGUUUUUUACAUUAUGUGCAAAUCUCUCAUAAGGUAUGGCUUUGUAGAGUCACAGGUCAAUGAUACUGUAAUGAAUAUAAAUUAUUGAAUACUCAGUCUGAUUAAUGUUUAAUGGAAUGUACGCGACAUUUAAUUUCAAUUAUAUUUUUUCUUCAUAUAAUUUGAAUUGUUAGGUAUGGUUUAGGGCCCCCUUUCGUUGUGAAUUAUUAUUAUCAGGUUUGUUGUAUGGUACUUAAAAUUGUAUAUAGAGUAUUUACAUGUGUUAUGAUUUAUUUUUUAAAAGCUUGUUUUGUUUAUUUCAUUUUCAAAAUGCUAAAUGAAACAAUUGUUUUGUAGUUAGUUGAUUGGCUUAUAUGUCAUGCGUAGGUUACUGAGAUUUUCCUUUGCAAUUGCAUUCAUUCUGCUCUUUGAAGAGAGAAUUCACUUUACAAAAAAAAAAAUAUCACCUGCAAAGAUUAUUCUUGGUAAUAUGAAAUGUGUCCUUAUGAUCGAGACUGAGAAAUAUAUAUAUAUGUGUGUAAUAUAAUUGAAUGGAUAUUCUAUUUUCUAUCUUGUUCAUUCAGUAAUUAUUUACAACCUUGCCAAAUACCUCGAUACAGGGAGCAAGUGUUUUCUAUAGCUUCAUUAUAUUCAAUGAUGGGUCUGAAAAUAGCUUCUGCUCUUAAUCUCUUUCCAUUGCUACAUGUAUCUCAAUCACACAGGUGAUGAUACAAUCACAUUACUGCUGAAAUAAAUUAACACCAAACUUCUGAUUAGAUAAUGGGCUUCCUGGCUUGACUCGAAUAACACCUUGUUUCUUUUCAAAUGAUCAUCUGAAAAAGAAUUUUGCUUUUCCACUCUGACAUGUUCCAGGAUUAUAUCCAGCUUAUCUUGUCUUUGAAAUAUUAACAGAUUCAAACAAGCUUAUUUGUGAAGGCUGGCUGUCAUUGGCUGAAGCAUAAAAUGCAUUUCUUUUUGUAUUCACUUGCUCUUCUGAAUGUGUCUGUGAAAAGACAUGGAGGAAUAGUUGUGCACAUUCUGAUCUGUAACUAAAGCUAUGUUAAAGGGAUGUUCUUAUUUUGUUUUAUUUUACAUCGAUUGCAGUUACUCUUUAAUUCACAAUUCCUAAAAAAAAAGAAAACAGAAAGAAAAAAAAUCUUGUUAAUAAGUGUAAGUGUAACUGUAUCCUGUUAACCCAUCAACAAGUACUUGCCCAUGCUGAUUUGCAUAUGCAGACUGAUGAUCACAAAAAAUUUGCUUUUUUGUGUAUUAACCAAUCGAUAAAUACUCUUUCAAACCAUCAGAAUGAAACCAUCAUCUGGGUUUGAAUAGCUAUUUUCAGAAAUAUUUGAGGUUCUUAGUCUUGGUUUGUAUAUUUCUUUCCUCAUUUGUGCAUUUUUAAAUAGUGGUGUUUUUUUUUUUUUUUUUUUUUUUUUUUUAGUGUGGACAGAUGAAUAAAACAGCAAACUUGUAUGCAAUUUGCUGACCAGUUGCUAAUCGUUAAUGGCAGGAGCAAUAUAGUAGGGAUUCUCAGCUAGAAGAUAAUCUCAGAAUGUGUGUGUGUGUUACCAAGAUACAUCCUUAUGUCUUUUGAAGUUAACGUCAUGAUAACGAUGAAAAUUUGUAUUUCAUUUAAGUUGAAGUGCUGUGUUGGUUAGUGUAUUUUUAUAAGAAAAUUUAUCUCUUUUUUUUUCAAAAUGGUUCCAUUUUUUUCCUUCAGAUUAGCAUGGUUCAUUUGUGCAAGGAAUGAUAGACAUUGUAAAAGUCGUUUGAAUCUUUUGUAGAAAUGAGUGAAGAUAUUGUAUAUAUUUAUGUAUAGUAAACAACAUCUGUGUACAUGUAUAACUUACAGAAAUAAAAAGUAUGCAUGUGAGAGAUGUACGGGAACUACAAAAUUGAUGUCUACAUUCAAUUUCGAAAGUAAAACAACAAAAUUCUGUACUUGUCAAGUAGGUAUGUAUGCAACAAAACACUGGAACUAUGUGAAUGCUUAUUUAUAUUCCAAAUUUUCAGAGGUGUAUGUACAAAAUUAUGGCUCUAUCUAUAUAAGGUGAUAAAUUAAUGUGAAACGGAGAAAGAGAUAAAAUGGAUAAUUAUCGUUCAAACUGUGGAUUCCUUCCCUAAUGUAUAAAGCAAUGGUAUUGAUAUGUAGACUUUCUGGGAAUAGCACUGUAAAACAAAUGAAACCUAAAAUUCAAAGGAAAAAUAAAUCUUGACAUAUUAUUAUACCAGUCAAUUCUGCAUAUUCUAGUAUGUCUGUUUCUGCGAAUGAUACUGUAUCUGUAAUGGCAAAUGAAUUUAAUAAAUACACUACUUAUGUUGAUGAAAUGCA